AAGAAGCCAUAGCUUUAAAAAGCUCCCCAAACAAGUACACAAAAACUCCUCACCUCCAACCAUAUUGCUUUUUCCUUUAACUUUAUCAAAACCAGUCAUCCAUGGAAGAAUGAGCCAUUUACCAAUUUCCAGCUAUACAUAUCAAAUUAUAAGUUAAAUUCUCUCUUUAAAACUCUUUCGAAGUCCAAACACAGCUGAAAAGAAAUUCCCCCACCCACCCCACCUCCACCUCCUCCUCUUUGCUUUGGGGACUGCAAGUGCAAGCCUGCUCGCAACUCUCAAAGCUGCAUUCUGCAUCUGUAUAGCCAAAAAUUUUAUAUUUAUACUAUUUCUGCUUUUCUUUAUAUGCAUACAACUAAAUUACUCACAACCCCAUAAACCAAUACACACGUUCUCUUCCUCUACCAUUUCCUUACACAUAUCUAUCUUUAAAACCUUGUUCUUUCCUUCAAAUUUCAUUCGGUUUUGGUAAGCUGUAAGCAGAUUUUGUUUGUUUUUAUCCUUUCUUGGUUUGGGCUGCUCGAGAAAUCAGAAAAAAUGAUAACUUUAUCAGAUUUCUAUCAUGUAAUGACUGCAGUGGUUCCACUGUAUGUAGCUAUGAUACUAGCCUACGGUUCUGUCAAGUGGUGGAAGAUUUUCACACCAGAUCAAUGUUCAGGAAUCAACCGUUUCGUGGCACUUUUUGCAGUCCCUCUUCUGUCUUUCCAUUUCAUUGCGAUGAACAAUCCUUAUGAAAUGAACUUUCGGUUCAUUGCUGCAGACACACUCCAGAAACUCAUUGUUCUUGCAGUUUUAGCAGUUUGGGCUAAUGUGAGCAAAAGGGGUUGUUUGGAAUGGACUAUUACACUUUUUUCCUUAUCCACUUUGCCAAACACUCUUGUUAUGGGUAUCCCUUUGUUGAAGGGCAUGUAUGGAGAGUAUUCUGGGAGUUUAAUGGUUCAAAUAGUUGUACUUCAGUGCAUUAUUUGGUAUACUUUAAUGCUCUUCAUGUUUGAAUACAGAGGUGCAAGAUUGCUGAUUUCUGAGCAGUUCCCAGAUACUGCUGGCUCAAUAGUCUCGAUCCAUGUUGAUUCUGAUAUCAUGUCAUUGGACGGUAGGCAGCCUCUGGAGACUGAGGCAGAAAUCAAAGAAGAUGGGAAACUUCAUGUUACUGUACGAAAAUCUAACGCAUCAAGAUCAGAUAUUUUCCCAAGAAGAUCAAUGGGUUAUUCUUCAACCACUCCAAGACCAUCAAAUUUAACCAAUGCAGAAAUUUACUCUUUGCAAUCUUCAAGAAACCCAACUCCAAGAGGCUCUAGUUUCAAUCAUACAGAUUUCUAUUCCAUGAUGGGCGGUGCUCGGAACUCGAACUUUGGUGCAAAUGACGUUUAUGGGCUUGCAUCAUCAAGAGGGCCAACUCCAAGACCCUCAAAUUUUGAGGAGGAAACUGGAAAUAAUACAAACAAGUCAAGAUUUUACCAUGGAAAUGCACAGUAUCCAGCUCCAAAUCCGGGCAUGUUUUCCCCAAACAACGGGUCAAAACCCGUUGGAGCAAAUGCUGGCAAGAAACCAAAUGGACAGCAAGAAGGUGGUAAAGAUCUUCAUAUGUUUGUUUGGAGCUCAAGUGCCUCUCCAGUUUCAGAUGUAUUUGGAGGCCAUGAUUAUGGAGCAUUAGACCAAAAUACUAAUGCUAAAGCUAUUAGAGUCCCUGUGUCCCCUGGAAAAGUCGAGGGUCAAAGAGAUCAUAAUCAAGAAGAAUACUCGAGGAGAGACGAAUUCGGCUUUGGAAAUAGAGAUGUUAACAAUCUUGAAGGUGAUAAAGUUGGAGAUAACAACAAAGUGAAAGUCAUGCCCCCUACAAGUGUAAUGACAAGGCUGAUUUUGAUUAUGGUCUGGAGGAAACUCAUCAGAAAUCCCAAUACUUAUUCAAGCUUAAUUGGCCUUACAUGGUCCCUAAUUUCAUUCAGGUGGCAUGUCGAAAUGCCUGCUAUAAUAGCAAAGUCCAUUUCCAUACUGUCUGAUGCAGGACUUGGAAUGGCGAUGUUUAGUCUUGGUAAGUACUCUAUUAAAAACAUUCUCUGUUUAAUAUAAUUAUUAUAAAUCUAACUUUGGAUUAUUAAAUUGGUGUCAAAUGAAAAAGCAUGCUAAAAGCUAGGAAACCAACACUACGGUCAUCAUAACAUGUUUGUUUCUUUAUUCAUCUUUCCUUCUGUCAAUGGUCUUUAUUUGUACAGAUAUAUGCAUAAAUACAUGUGAAAAUGAAAUAAUUGAAUAAGGAUAUGGGUUUUGCU